UCUGUUUCGGAUCCGCUCGCCUUCAAAUAAUCUUUGAAAAUAGUUCGACAUGACUCAUGUGAGGCGUCUAGCCUUUCUACGAAGUUCCCGAAGAUAAGUCGGCGAUUCUCUCUAUUGCUUUUCUUCGCGUUUCAGUUUGUAAUCUCUGUGAUAGGUUGCCCGAUGUCGCGAAUUCAUCAGUGCCACCUAUGCUCCAGACGUUAAUUCAUUAAAGCCUUCCGCGCCAUAGCACUUAAUUUCGCUAAGAACACAUACUCGCUUGCUAGUGCUCUAUUUUCGUUUUUCCAAGAAAAGAUGAAUGGCCAAGAAUGACUCAUCUUUUAAUAUACAGGUCGCGUCUUUGAAUUUGAUCGAUAGGUACCUGACGGGCACGUAGGCGUGGCGCCCUGACAAACCAUGUCGCAAGCUGGCCUUUAGCGGACAAAAGCCAUGCGUCUUAUCGAUACCCAUUUAAUUCAGUAGUAUACGUCUUUGGGACUGAAAAGAGUCUGAUAAGAUAACUGGGCUACACCUUAAAGAAGUCGUGGAAGACCCAUAAAAUAUAGAUAUCCGCAGUCACUGCUGGAUGUGUGCAUGCCGUGCAGACAGCUUGCAGACUUGUGCUCCUCUCCAUUAACUACACAGGAAUCGGGUCCAGCUCACCUAUAUAUUGCUGUAUAAAAUCCUAUGAGAGGGUGAUCAGAAGAUCAUAAACCAUCAUAAGAUAACGGGAAUUUAUCAUGUUCGCCCAGGCCGUUAUCGCAUCUGCUGUAGCGAUUUCUGUAGUCACCGCCACCCCAGGACUGGCCUAUGGACGCGACCAUGAUCAUGCCACGCUGGCUGCAGCUUCCAUCGUCACCUCUAGCUACGGACAUUCCGUUGGUUAUGAACAUGCUGCCCCGCUCGCUAUUGCUGUCCUGCACCCUGUAACAUUUGUCACUUACGCAGGACACGGCCACCGUGGUCAUCCUGGCGUUGUGUCCAAAGCGGUCCAUUAUCCCCCACUGCUGUACGGGUUCGGUUACGACUCCGUCGAUGACUACGGCACGAAGCAGUUUCGCCACGAGGUAUCCGACGAGCACAAUAGCAAGAAGGGUUUAUACUCCUUCGGUGAUGCUUACGGUAUCGAGCGGUAUGUCAACUACGCCGCCGACGCUCAUGGAUUCCGUGUCAAUAUCAAGACCAACAAGCCAAGAACAGCUCCCUCACAUCCGGCUGCGGCCCACUACGAUGCGCAAAUUCAACACGACAAAGACGUGAUUCCUGUAGAGACCUACGCUAAGGCUCCGAUCGCCGUUGUGCAGUCGGCCUCUAUCACAUCGCACGGAUACGUCGUUGCCACCCCUAGGGCUUCGUAUGCCCAUGCUAACCCUGUCACGGCCCAGGCUCAGGCUCAUUUUGAACCGGUUACUAGCUACGCAGAACAAAUGGCAAUCGCCCCCACAGCUUUUUCUGCCUGCGCUCAUGCAGCGACUCUUGCCCCUUUCUACGGACAUGACCACUAAGAAAAACUCUGCCGACCGAGUGGAGAAAAGGACUUCGUCACUGUAAUUUUAGUUUCAUCUUGUACCAUGUUUCUGUGGCUUACCUAUUGUAUACAAUGAGAUGUUUUUUAGUACCCUUCGAUAGCUUAAUGAUAUGGUAACAGCUGUUACCUUUCUCAAGUAUAUAUACAAAAAGCAUAUAUAUCCUUCUAUGUGUCGGUUAACAGGUACGUGAAUGUAUAGUGUGUACUUAUGUACUAUACAACUGAAUUGGAUAUAAACUGACUGUUUCGAUAGCGUAGUGAAAAAGAGUUUCCACAAGUGUUAGUGAGAGUAAGAUCCGUAAUAGUACAUUAAAUCAUAAAAAAAAAACAGGGUUGAAAAUAGAGGACCAUAAAUGUCUGAAUGACUCAUUUUUGGAUCAUUUAUCUUUUAACAUGGACCAGAAGGGUAUCAUGGAACGUCUUUUUAACGCUUAUAGUCUAGUGAUAAAUCGCCAUUAAUCUCCAAAAACCUAGUAUAUUAAUAGAAAUUUAGGGCCAACGAGAAGCAAAACUAUACAUGGCACGUAGAAUGUUUUUUGCGUAUCACAAUAUUUCACCGCCAUAGGCAAAUAGUCGUGAUACCUAUGACUAUAAAGGCACGCUAAGCAUUAAAGCGAUAGCAGAAAUGAUAGCCCGCUUUCAAUGUAUACCUAAAUACCCCUGUAGACAAAUAUUAGCAGAAAGCAGUUGCACAUACCCCCUAAUCAUAAUUAUACCUCACCUAUCUAUUGUUAUCUAGACGAAACCAGCGAAAACUUUUUUCUUUUCAGCGGAUAUAUGUUCAUUGCAGAUUUCGCUCUUGGGAGUUACAGGUUUCGUUGAAGUGUUUAAAAAGGCCCGCGGCCUUAGACAGAGAAUAGUAUAGUUUGAGGAUACUUGGUCUAUGACGCUGUUUUAGUAGAACACGACCACUGCUACCUCUAAUUUGCAUUUGAGUGAAAACUGUAGGUUUUUUUAAUUCUAAAAUAGGUCGUAUUAUGCUAGCCAGUCUAUUUUUCUAAAAUAUCAUAAAGUAAUUAGUGAACAUUUAAUUACAGCAAACGAAUAAGAGGCGAUCUUAUUAGAACAAGAGGACUUUACCAAGUUAUAUAUACUAUCACAGCAAAGUAUAGUACAGUACAAAGGAAAAUAAUGGCUUUUUAUAUAGUUAAAAGAUAAAUUACGUCUUAUUCGCAGAUUUGUCAAUGGAUGAACGCAUCUAUGUUACAAAUAUUGUGCGAAACGAACAGAGCCUUUUAAGGGUUCACUAUAUCUAAAUCUACUAAAAUAUAUACAAUAGCACUCAGAAGUGGAAUGCUUUGGGAAUGCUGACAGUCUCCGACAAAACAUAUCUGUUCCUUGAAAAAUCAAACUAAGAAAGAAAUCAUUCUGGUCCGAAUGAUUCGGAAACUUAUCCGACUUUUCAUUUUUGAUGACAACAAAGCCUAGCCCGGCAAAGCACCGAUUUUCUAACCGACAAAGCUAGCAAGGUAUCGUGAUGCAAGGUAUCUGAUGAUCUCCAUCAUGAUAGAUCCAAUGCAGAAUGCACCAUAUCUGUAGAGGACAUAAGCAACUGCUUAGCCUUUUGCAUAGAAAGAGAUCCAGUAACGCUUGCAAUUUUACCUCUGAGACCUACCUCUGCUAGCUAAAAACGCCUAAUAAAGUAAUGCAGAGUGAUCACCGAAUCGAAUAGGGUGUAUAAUAGUUGCAUAGUCUUAAA